UGACCACCAUGACCACCACCACCACCAUGACCACCGCCACCACGACCACCACCACCACCACCACCACCACCACCACCACCACAGCACUCAGCGUGGCACAGAAGGAACAGAGCCAGGCGGAAAACAAGGACUAAGAUCCACUGCCACUUCCAAAUAAGGCUACCACCACCAUGACCACCAUGACCACCACCACCACCAUGACCACCGCCACCACCACCACCACCACCACCACCACCACCACCACCACCACCACAGCACUCAGCGUGGCACAGAAGGAACAGAGCCAGGCGGAAAACAAGGACUAAGAUCCACUGCCACUUCCAAAUAAGGCUAUCACCACCAUGACCACCAUGACCACCACCACCACCAUGACCACCGCCACCACCACCACCACCACCACCACCACCACCACCACCACCACCACCACCACCACCACAGCACUCAGCGUGGCACAGAAGGAACAGAGCCAGGCGGAAAACAAGGACUAAGAUCCACUGCCACUUCCAAAUAAGGCUACCACCACCAUGACCACCAUGACCACCACCACCACCAUGACCACCGCCACCACCACCACCACCACCACCACCACCACCACCACCACCACCACCACCACAGCACUCAGCGUGGCACAGAAGGAACAGAGCCAGGCGGAAAACAAGGACUAAGAUCCACUGCCACUUCCAAAUAAGGCUACCACCACCAUGACCACCAUGACCACCACCACCACCAUGACCACCGCCACCACCACCACCACCACCACCACCACCACCACCACCACAGCACUCAGCGUGGCACAGAAGGAACAGAGCCAGGCGGAAAACAAGGACUAAGAUCCACUGCCACUUCCAAAUAAGGGCAUUAUUGAGAAGUAUGGCCUGGCACUGCAAUCAUCAGGGUUCUUUGCUGGGUAUGACAUCAACAUCAACGCAGGCAUUGCCAAUUCUGUGUCGUCGCAGGCCCUCAAAUUUGUGGCCUCUCUCCUGCCAAAUACUGUGGCUUAUUUUGAUGAGGAGAAGGUGAAAGAGCGUCCCAUCACAGACACCUUCUAUGCUCCCUUUGACCUUUACAAGCCCAUUAGAGGUGGUAAGUACUUGUUAAUAUAUUUUGGUGAUAGAGAAAAGCAGGUAGACAAAAUUACAAGUAUUCAAAAUUUUUUCCUUUUUCCUUAUCUUCUAUUACUUCCUCCUCAUUGUGCCAAUUUGUUUCCUUACCUCUGCAAGUAUUGAUUAUUGUGUCUAUCUAUCCACCUGUCUGCCUGCUUGUCUAUCUGCCUGCCUGUCUACGGUCAGCGACACACACAAUCGGACCUCCUGCCGAGACACGAGCAAGAAAGUUUCCUCAUUGGCUGACGAAAUGCCCCUGGUUGUAAAGUAUGGCUGUCAUUGGCUGGAGGUCUGAUGGUGGUUGUUGAUGGCUGUAUUUGUGGUGAUGGUGAUCUAUUAUUAUUAUGUCUGUUUUGUUAUAUGUUGUGUUUAUGCAAAAUGUUUUGUGUGUUUUUGAGAAUGUGUCCUGGAAAUUUUUGGUUACAAGGAAAUGCAUAUUGAUAUACAAUGUCUCUCUCUCUCUCUCUCUCUCUCUCUCUCUCUCUCUCUCUCUCUCUCUCUCUCUCUCUCUCUCUCUCUCUCUCUCUCUCUCUCUCUCUCACAAAAAGCUGACAAUAUUAAUUUGGAAUUUUGUUAAGGGAGGAGGGUGAAGGAAAGGCUCUUUUACCUUGGACUUGGAUUCACUUGCUGUGAUAGCGAAAAUGGCCCUAAACCAAAAUGUGUUGUUUGUGGCUUGGAGUUAUCAAAUGAAUGUAUGACUCCACAGAAAAUGAAGAGACAUUUAUCAACUAAGCAUCGUCACCUGACACAGAAACCUAUAUAUUACUUUAAGAGACUCUUGAAAGAAAACAAACAACAAAGUCUUGGGUUUGAGAAAAAAGUGAAGGUAGCAGAAAAGGCACAGAAAGCAAGCUACUUAGUAGCAGAACAAUCAGUAAAAGAAAUGAAACCCCAUUCAAUUGCAGAAUCCUAUUUUCUUCCAGCUUGCUGUUCUGUAGUGAAAACUUUGUUUGGGGACGAGGCUGAAAAAGAAGUGAAAAAAAUUCCUCUCUCAAACGAUACGAUUGGCAGACGAAUGAAGGAUAUGUCAUCUGACAUUGAGAAAAGUGUGUGCGAACUGGUGAAAGAUAAAACGUUUGCCUUACAAGCGGACGAAUCAACAGAUAUUGGAGGGAAACCUCAGUUACUUGUGUUGAUGCGUUUCAUUGAUGAUAAGAAAAUAACCGAGCAAUUCUUGUGCUGCAAAGAACUAAGUCAAACAACAGGACAGGAAAUAUUUUCUACAGUGACAGAAUAUUUGGUAGAAAUGGACUUAAAUGGAAAUUAUGUGUAGGAAUUUGCACAGAUGGUUGUCCAUCAAUGGUGGGGUCAGUAAAGGGUUUUGUGUCUUUAGUGAAGAAGGAAAAUCCAUUUCUGAUUACCACACAUUGUUUCUUGCACCGUGAAGCUCUUGUUGCUAAACCACUUGGACAAGAUUUAAGAUUUGUUCUUGAUAAUGUCGUGAAAAUGGUGAACUUUAUUCAAAGUAGACCAAAGCAGUCAAGAUUAUUUUCCAGUCUUUGCGAAGAAAUGGGAUCUGCCCACGAAGGUCUUCUCCUCCACACGGAAGUUCGGUCAUUGUCAAGAGGCAGAGCGUUAUCCCGUGUGCAUGAACUAAGAGAGGAAAUUCUUCUUUUCUUUGCUCUGGAAGAGAAAACAGAAUUCUGCGAAUUACUGGCCGACGAAAUUUGGAAUGCAAAAUUAUGUUAUUUGGCAGAUAUAUUUGAGCAUUUGAACAAGGUGAAUUUAAGUAUGCAAGGGAGAAAUGAAAAUAUGUUAACAUGCACUGAUAAAAUGCAGUCAAUGAAAGAAAAAAUCAAGGUUUGGAAAGACAGGUCAAGUGAAGGUAAUAUUGACAUGUUUCAAAAGACUGCUGCAGCAAACAACACAGACAUUGUUCCACUCAUUACAGACCACCUUACAAGUCUAGAAAGGAGCAUUGAAAAAUACUUUUCAAAUAUAUCUACUGAAAGUUAUGAUUGGCUGAGAAAUCCAUUCGUGCUCGAUCCCUUACACAAGCCUCAACUUAGCACUCACGAAGAAGAGGAACUAAUUGAUAUCCGAAAUGACCGCAUGCGGCCCGCCACACUACUACGUGCGGCCCGCGGCACGUCUCAUAUUUCAGUCUUACAGUUGGUCUUUUUACAGGAAUGAUUAAGCCAGCCAGCCCUUUGCAUUUUAAAGUCAUUAUAUAAAGAUAUAAAGAUACUAUUAUAUUUUUUGGGCGGUGACGUUCCUCUGUGGUAUAGUAACUCCCAACCUCGUCAAGUGUGUGUGUGUGUGUGUGUGUGUGUCCGGCUCGCCGCCACCCGCCAACAUUCUCUCUCUCUCUCUCUCUCUCUCUCUCUCUCUCUCUCUCUCUCUGUGUGUGUGUGUGUGUGUGUGUGUGUUAUUGUUAAAAGUAUUUUUCUUAAUUAAAGUAAGUGAUUGCAAACACAAUGUCACCAGCAGGAACUUUACCAUCUGCUUCAAGUUUUCUAUCGUGUUUUGUAGUGAACGAAUUAUUCUCAUAUAUUUUUACGUAAAUCAUGUGACCAUUUCGUCUCGCGGACUGCGUUCCAAAGCCAGUGACUACAGGUGACGAGAAUACACGUAGUCGUACGGGCCCUGCUCCGUAAUAUACACGUGUUAGACGUGACCAUAACUCGUCAUUCCUCCGUCUCACCGAGAAUCGGCCUCCGACUCGAGUCCUGCUUUGUCCUUCGAGAGCGUCACAGCGUCAGAUUUUGGCGCGACUCUUACUGCACAUCAUCUCAUCAUGAUUUCCAAGAAGCGAACAGUUACUGAAGAACAUCGUGUGAUGCAGGAAAAGUGGAAAAUAUCUUUAUUUUUUGCUGAAGUGAAUGGAAAACCAACUUGUUUGAUUUGCAACCAAAUUAUAGCGGUGUCAAAAGAAUAUAACAUUCGGCGACAUUACACAAGCACUCAUGCUUCAAAGUAUGAUGUGUAUAGUGGAAAACUUUGCGAAGAAAAAGUAAAGACGCUAGAACAGUCUCUCAAAAGGCAGCAGUCAGUGUAUCAGCGUGUUCACGAAGCCAGCGACACUGCAGUACGGGCAAGUUAUAGGAUUGCACGGGAAAUAGCUGCGUCAUCGAAACCAUUUUCAGAAGGGGACUUUAUAAAGAAAUGCACGACGACGGCCGCAGAAGAUAUUUGCCCUGAAAAACGUAGAUCAUUUGCAAACAUAAGCCUUUCAAGAAAUACAGUUGCAGAAAGAGUAAAUGAACUGUCAGAAAAUCUUAAUAGUCAGCUCAAAGAAAAAGUUGCUAAAUUUGUAGCAUUUUCUGUAGCAAUCGAUGAAAGUACAGACAUUACUGACAUAGCUCAACUAGCAGCAGUGUUCAUACGUGGUGUUGAUGAAAAUAUGCAGGUAAGUGAAGAAUUUGUGGAAUUAGUACCAAUGAAAGGAACAACAACAGGGGAUGAUAUAUUUGUGAGUUUGACUGGUGCACUUGAUAGGAUAGGUGUUGACUGGAAGAAAACUGUGAGUCUGACAACAGAUGGAGCAUCUCAAAUGGUUGGUAGAAAGGCUGGCGUGACAGCAAAGUUAAAGGAAAAACUACUCACCCUGAAUUCAGACCAUCAAAUUCACAGUGUUGAUUGCAUAAUUGACAGGGAUUAAUUAUUAAUUAUUGUAUUGUUAGAAAUACUGAUUGAAAAGGAAGGAAAAAAAACUCAUUAAUGUACCACCGGUGGUACAUGUGGCGGUUACUGAAGGUACGAAAUGUACCAUCGGUGGUACAUACGGCGGUAAACGUGUUAAUCUAACCUAACCCAACCCAACCGCUUAACCCUAUAAGGACCAUUGGAACAAUUAUGAACCACUUCAAAAGCGUGCUUUUCCUUGGAUGAAAUUCCCUCGUAGAGGCGUGUCCGUCCGGCGGUACAUUUUUGCACCACAUCAGAAAACAUCACUCACACGAUAUGUGGAAAAAAAGCUCUUGUUUCUGUGUAACAGCAGUUGACUCGUGACCACCAGAGGGGGAGGACGUAGUGACUGAUCCUCCGUUUUCAACGAUUUUUUUGGACGACUCAUAGGUAAGCCAGGUCACUACAAAAAUUAUGAUAUAUCCCAUAUAUUCAGUAGAAUGUGUUUAUAAUGUUGGCCUGACUUUGGAUUAUAUUACUGUAAUGUAAAAAGGUGUUUUUAAAUGGUUCAAAAAUGUACCAGUGGGUCAUUCUGUUUCCUCAGAUAUGGACACGUCACAGUUCUAUGGAGGCAGGUUUAAAGUUGAUUGUGACACAAAGCAAUUUGUAUGCAACACAACAAAAUGUAAACAAGCCUCUGAAGCUGGAUAAAGAUGAGUUGGAACAAUUUCUAGGGACUGUCUUUCUUAUGUCCUUGUUCAAAAUAUCUAACACUAGGCUUUAUUGGAGUGGGGUGCUGGAAUUCGAUUCCGUAUCCAAAGUUUUCAGUAGAAGGCGAUGGGAAGAAAUAAAAAGCUCUCUACAUUUCAAUGACAACACUCAGGCACCUGACAGGACUGGUCCCAAUGCUGACAGGCUUUUCAAGGUUCGCCCAGUACUUGACCAUUUGCAAUCAAAAUUUCGCAGCAUCCCAAUGCAACAAAUGUGCUGCAUUGAUGAAAUGAUUGUUCCCUUGAAAGGAAAUUCUUACCUAAAGCAGUACAUCCCAUCCAAACCACACAAAUGGGGUUUCAAGGUAUUUGCUUUGUGUGAUACCUCUGGGAUCUUGAAUGACUUGCAUGUUUAUGAUGGGCCCCUAAAGCCAGUCCAAGGUGAACCGGAUCUGGGUCCAUCAUCCAAUAUAGUUCUGCAGUUGGCGCGCACAAUCCCAGUAAAUGCAAACCAUUUGUUAUACCAUGACAAUUGGUUCACAUCUCCUAAACUAAUGGCUCAUUUAGCAACGAAGCAGAUCUACUCUCUGGGUACUGUGAGACAAAACAGACUGAAAGGGAUAGGAAAUGUUCUGCCUACAGAUAAGGAAAUGUUGAAAAAGCAAAGGGGGUCUCAUGUAGAGGUAAGCACAACUUACGAUGGAGUAGAGUUACGUGCAAUGAAAUGGGUAGACAAUCGUUGUGUGACUCUCCUCACAAGCUUUUCAUCUGCUCAACCUUUGGGAACAUGUAAGAGGUAUGACAAGAAAAGGAAGGAGAUUGUUGAAAUUCCUUGCCCCAAAAUAGUCAAAACCUAUAAUGAGGAAAUGGGAGGGGUUGAUCUUCUGGAUUCGUUGAUUGCCUUAUAUAGAAUCCACAUAAGGUCUCACAAGUACUACCAUAAACUUGUUUUCCACUUUCUUGAUGUCACAAUAGUAAAUUCAUGGCUUCUCUACAGGAGGGAGGCUAGUGCAAUAGGGGUGUCAAAAAAAUCGCAACUUCAGUUGCAGGCAUUCAAGUUGAAGGUGGCAUAUUCUCUCCUACGCCAAAACAAAGACCCCCUGAAAAGACCCGGUGUGGGAAGACCACGCUCCAGCAGUCUUGAGACAGAGCACGAGGAAAAAAAAAAGAGAGGUCAUGCAACAAAACCAAUUCCAAGCGUUGACAUCACAAAAGAUGGAAUUGGCCACUGGCCCAAGAUUGUUGAGACGAAGGAAAGACCUCGUUGCAAGCUACCAAAUUGUAAAGGAAGGCCAAACACAUAUUUAGUGCCCUCUAAGGGGUGUGAUGUUCCCUUGUGGCACACGAUAAUUACAAAUCCUAUCACUGGAUUAAAAGAAAUACAAAUAUUGACACUUUUAUAGAUUUUUAAUUGAUAAUGGAAUAAACCGAAUAAUAAUAAUAAAAAGAAAGGAAUUCAGAAAUACAAAAUAAAUGGUAGCGUAUUCUUCAAUUACAUAAUUCAGAAAUACAAAAUAAAUGAUAGCGUACUCUUCAGUUACAUAAUUCAGAAAUACAAAAUAAAUGGUAGCGUAUUCUUCAAUUACAUAAAAACUACGAUGGAGAUAUUUUCGCGACUACUGAGUUGUGGGGGAGACCAGAGAAUAAAUAAAUAAAUAACAAAUAUAUACCCAAAAAGUACGUAUAGACCUGAGGACAGUCUCACACGGUGAUCUCGAACCAGGUGGUUUCACUAGUCCCGUGGAGAAAACCAACAAAAAAGAACGAAAAAAUGCGAAUAUCUAUCCACUCAGAAAACCGUUUAUCAACAGGAAUAUCUGAGGAGAAUCCGAGAGGGUCUGAGGAGAAUCCGAGAGAGACUGGCUUUGCUUGUGAGGAAAUCGGCGGGAAACUAAGGAUAAAGGUUUCCAAUGGGGAAAUUUAUUAAGAGUUAUAAUUUUGUUUUUAGUGGGGGGGGGCGACUAGGUUGUGAGUUCAGGGAUGAAAAAUAUGAAUAAUUAAGUUACUGUUUACUUUAAAGUUGUUACUUUAAGAAGUUUAAUUCAAUGGACUUUUGAAAUCAAUUGGGGAAUUAGUCAAUGUCUGGUAUCUCUUCCUGGCUUGCGUAGCAACAGGGGUAACAGGACAGCGAAGCAAAGAAGACUUAUUAGAUUCGUCAACCUCAUUGGCACGGCGUAAUUAUCUGGGAUUUGUUUGAGCUGGUUUAAGACCUUACCAUUAUAGAAUUAAUUUUAUCGUAUUAAGGGCUCCCCAUUCUCUGGGAUUAGGUGAAAAAUUCGCCUCUAUAACCUGGCCAAGCAGGAGAAAUUACGUUUAUUCACGGGGUAAAUUUGUUAUAGAAGUGGUCAACACAGUGACGCUGAGAGGGGGGGGGGAAAAGCAAGGACAAAAGGACACUGAGGAGGGGAAGGGGGGGGGGGUUAGUCACAUGGUACUGAGAUUCUGGUCAUCCUCGCACAUUACAUGGGCCUUAGCCUAGGAAAAAAAUAGAAAUAUACAUAAUUAAUUUCCCAGCACUACACGAGCCUUUCAUCCGUUCUAGAAUUUUUCACCUCUUUUUUCUCCUUACCAAAAAAAAAAAUAAAAUAACAC